UCGCGUUGAAGUCGGUGGUUCGACAGACAGGGUGGCAGAAAAUUUACGCGAGUUUGCAGUCACACAUUGACCUGAAAGAAGUGUUAAAUUGGAGUAAAGUGUAGAAAAUUCAGGAGACCAAGGUAUCAUGGAGGAAAGUAUCCAGGUCAAGGAUGAACCUUUGGACCCAGAGUAUGACAAUGCAUUGAAUUCCACAGAAAAUGGAGAGACAGAACCACCAGGAACAGACCAACAUGGUGAAGAUUUCAGUCAGAAGAUAAAGUCCAUCCUUAACAACAUGAUAACAGGGGACUCCAAAUUGACUGUAAAUUCUGUUAUUGAUAAUUUACUAAAACAAAAUGAUGAAAUCUUAGAACAGGCAGACACCACCAUUUAUAAGCCCCGAGGAAGGAUUGGUUGGGAGAAAUACUUAUCAAAGGACUCCGGAUCCUUACUUCGCCCUAAAAGCCCCACACAAACUUGUUCCAUUCCAAAGGAAGACAUGCCAAAUUUAAGUGACACACUUGUGGAACUGUCUGUUUGUGAUGCUAAUGCAGAGGAAAUCUUUGAAAAGAUGAAGCAGGAGGUGGUAUGUGCUGUAGUUUCUAAGGCUUUUCCCAUGUCCAGUGCAAAUGGGAAUAAUUAUGUUCCAAAUAAUUUGAAGUUUUACUGGUGCAAUUUUUGUCCAUUCAAAAAUGAAGAUAAGGAAGUUUUGUUACAUCAUGUGAUGGACCAUAGGUUUCAUUGCAAGUUCUGCCCCUACCAGACGUUUUCUAGGGCAGAUGUUAUAAGCCAUGAAGAUCGCACACACAAAGACUUCAAAGACACAGCCAAGACACUGAAAUACUGUAUAUUUCAACCAGACUACAUUGCUCUGCAAAGCAAUGAUAGAAAAAGACCUAUGGAAGACAAAUCGGAACCAGUUCCAAAAAAGUCCAAAAAAGAUAAGAAGUCCACUGAAAAAGAUGAAGAAUAUGAUGCCUUUGAUAUGGAAGUAGAAGAGGUUGAUGACGAGAACAAUUAUACUCCUAGCAAUAGUGAAACCACUGACAAAAUCCUGACACCAAGCAAUGCAAAGAAAAAUCUCAGUGUUGUAGGUAAGGUCACAAAAUCAAGACCCAGUAACCAGAACAAACCUACAGAAAAACAGCCAACUACUAAUAACACAUCCACUUCAUCCAACAACCCACCACCCAUUGCUACUGCAAACAUGCAGUCCACAACUACUGGGAAAAGUGGAAACACCAUCACUGUGUCGUCUGGUUUGUGCUGGAACUGUGGAUACUGUGACUUUGUGACUCUUAGCCAAACAUUCCUAAAAACUCAUCUCAACACACAGCACAAUGGUAAGGCUCACAAAUAUGUGGCCAUGCUUGUGUCUUCCCAGGAAGAAAUGAACAAGAUCAAAGAAAGAGAUGCCAAAAUGUACUCCACUUCAAACCUGGCACUUUUAUAUGGAAAUGUCAACCAGACCCAAGAAAAGACCUUGUCCCCUCCUGCUGAUGGUAGUGGUCUACCAAGUUCAACCAAAAAGUAUGAUUCUGCCACUUCUACAGUUGUCCGAGAGGAUGGACCAGAAGAUGACAGUGAUGAUGAAGAGUACAUUCCAGAGGAAGAGAAGAAGAAGUAUCCACUGACAUACAAGUGUGCACAUUGUAAUUUUAAUGCUCCUGUGUGCUUUAAGAUCAAGGAACAUCUACAAAUGAAACACCCUGGUUGUGUGCUCUAUGCUUUGGACAUGAGAGCUGUGAAGCUGAAGCAAAGGAGAUAUGUUUUCUUUUGUCAUAGGAAAAACUGUUCGUUCACUACCAAGAAAACUGAGGAAUACCUCAGCCAUUCUGAAAACUGUACUCCAUGGUUAUUGGAAAAUUGUCCAGAAAGUGUGGAACUUGCCACCAAAAAGUGUUUAGAACUAACAAGAAACUUCUCCACAAAAAUUUCCCAGAAAGCAUUCCAAAUGGCCAAGAACUUCAAGGCCUCAAAGAGUGCUGAGUAUGCAUGCACUCACUGCAGCUAUACCUCAAAUAACAACACCAGAGUGAAAAAGCAUGUUCUUUCAAACCACCGAGAUUUAAAAACAGUUAUGAAGGAUUUACAGUCCCACAAAAUGAAGAAAAAGACCCAUGUGUUCUUUUGCAGGCACUGUCUUUGGGAAACUCGGAAUGAAGAAGAACUGACUGGACAUCUAGAAGACAAACACAAAGAUGAGGAAGAGCUGGCAAAUCAGUCCACUUCAUCUGUUCCUGCCUCCACACCUCCUGUUGUUGAAACAGUGGAGAGGAAGACAUCAAAACAAGUUGCUCUGGAGGCAGAAACAGAGAAUAAUGCUACAGAAGAUGCCACUGCUGAAGAGGAAGAUAUUGACCUGGAUUUGGAAGUCUCAGAGGAGGAAAUGCAGAAAAUGAUGACAGAGUUUGUAAAGGAUGAAGCUUGUAGAAGUGGUUCUCCUGGCAGACCCACUAGAAAAGCCUCCAUUGAAGCAUCAGUCAGAGUGCGGGCCCAGGGGCACCAGCCUCCAAUGUACAGAUGCAUGCAUUGCUACCACAUGUGCUUUGGAAGCAACCUUAUGAAGAAGCAUAUAAGGAUCAAUCACAAGAAAGAGGCUUUACGCACUGUUGAUGUGAAAAAGAGGAUCUCCAGACAAUUUGCUUAUUACUGUAUUUGUCCUCAUGAUAACUGCAAAUUUGUAAAUACAUCUGAAGAGACGGUUUUAAACCAUGCCAUACAAGAACACAAGAUAAAGAAAGACAAUCCAGAAAUUCAAAGAAUGCUGCUACCAUUUACACCUCAGAUAACUAGCACUGCUGAACCACAAGCUUCAAGUACCACGAAAGGGAACACACCGUCAACUGCAUCUUCUGUAUCUAGCGUGUCCUCCCCCACAGUUGGUUAUGAGUGUUUAUACUGCUCUACCAGCUUUGUAACCCAAAAUAUGGAGCUGAUGAAAAGACAUAUCAGAAGGGAGCAUCCGGGAGAAGAUGUCAUAUUCCGUGAUUGUGUCGCCAGAAAGAUGAGAAAGUCCUCCAGGAUCUACAUGUGUGAAAGAGAUUACUGUGGUUUCUAUAACUGUGAACAGAAAGAGUUGGAAUUGCACAAACUUGCACAUGAAAAAGCCCACAUCUUUGAGUGUGUUAAAUGUCAAUGGUUCACCACUACCACUGAAACUGUUCACAGUCACAUGGCAACUGUGCACCAUGGUGAGGAAGUGAAGACCAUAGAUAUGAGUCUGGACCUUGAUGGACAAGGUCAGGUGAUCAAGAGAGUGGGAGGGAUGGUCAUCAAACAAGAGUGUCCAGUAGAAGAUGAAAACCUGGAAGAUAAUCAAGAGGAAGCAAUCCUGCACAAUGAUAUUGCAAAUCUUAGUAAUGUUGUGAUUAAACAAGAACCAGUUGAUUUAUGAUGCAAUGCAAGUGAUGGAAAUUUUAUAUACAAUUUGUAGAAUAAGUAAACAGUUAAUGUAUUUUGUAUGUUUUAUGAUACAUGUGUAACUAUAUAUAGUUAUGUUAUUUGAAAUGUUAGCUAGUGGAAAGAAGGGGGGGGGGGGGAUGAAGCAAUGCAUUUCAAUACAAUUUAGUAGUGUAUAAUGAUAAAUAAUAUACUAUAAAUGUAAAAUGUAACAGAGAACAGAG